AUGGAGACAAACACCUACACUGUCAGGGCAAUCGUCUGCAUCUCGUGCAACAGGAUGAUCCUCGCCAACGACCCAAGCCCGCUGAAAAACAUAGACACGUUUUGGAAUAAGAGCACAUUCCACCUCGUCGUCUGCAGCAUGUGCGAGAACGCCUGCGCGGGACGUGUCAGCACCAAGGUCAACGUUUACGAUGAUCCUCUUUCCGCCAAGGCUACAUUUGUGUCCGCCGACAUGAUCAGAACUUCCAAUGCGUACGCGAGGGCUUGCGAGAUUAUGGACUCAACCCCUGACCUGGGUGACUUCAAGGGGAGAGUGCCCAUCGUCAACAGGUCCGACCUGAUGGAGCGCUUCCCCGGCGAGACCGAGAUCAGCUACGUGUCGGUGUCGGACAGGAAUUCAAAGACAAUGGGAGUACGCCCCUACAUGGUCACCAAUUUCUUCUAA